AUGAGUUUGCUCCAAGAGGAGGACGAGCAUGCAAUUUCCAGCUCUCCUAUUUCCAUUAGCGGGCCCUCGCCUCUCCGUCGCAGAACUAGCGCCAACAGCGAUGAGAUCGCUCGCUCUCGACAUUCCCCAACGCUAGCCCGUUCUUUUGACCCGAAUAACCCUGAGGUUAGGGAACGCCAGCGAACCAUGGACGUGGACAUGGCCAUGCAACUUUCCCGUGCUCGCCGAGAGGGCUCCCCCAUCGACUCUUCUCCUGAAGCGACAUUUGCGCCCCUCUCUACCCUUGAACAACACGAUCUGGAGAUUGCCCAAGGUCACCCAGAAUUCGAAGGGCGGCCAGACGCGCCGACGCCAACUCCAACGUUCGUGGAAAUCAACCAUAUGUCCGCCCACGAUCCAACGAUGCUGGCCAAAGAGACGCAGCUCAAUCCUCCGCCCCAGCUAUUUGGCGGUCUACCUACCUACCAACCCAAUGCUUCUGAUCCAGAAUUUGACUUUGGGCCUUUGGAAGAAUUCUCUGCCGCAGAAAAAAUCAGACUCGACGCCGCUGCCCCCAAAUUUUCCCUGAAUGCCUUUCGCGCUCGAACUGUUGCACCAAACAACGAAGAUACCGCCGCUAUAGCCGAAGAUGCUGAAGCAGGUCCUUCUGAUGGACCCCGGCGGAAGUUGAGCCAUAGUAACCCCCGUCCACGACAUAAACGCAAGAGUGGUGGUCGUAAACUGGCGUUGUUUGAAGGCACCGGCGGCGACCCACCACCUUUCGGUUUGGACGGAGUUCCCGCUGCACAUACAACAACUGGUAUUCCCGGAAUUCUGCAUUCCGGACACGACAGGCCUUACCGGUUCUCCUUUUACUCCAACUCUUUAUCAGCGACUGUCCACGCACGGAGUUUGAGCGAGCUCCCUGCAGAAGGCCAGUCGUUCAGUCAAUUAUUCGCUGGUAUUUCUCCCUCGGAAAAUCCUUCACGGCCAACCCGGCCGGGCCCAAAUCCGCUCGUUGGCGACAAAUCAGCACGAUUCUCGAACUACAAGCCUUCGGGCGAACAUCCGCGACACAGUGCAAACGACACGGAGGGAGGAACAUGGUGGCUUGAUAUUCAGAGUCCGACCGAUGAAGAGAUGAAGAUGUUGACCAAGGUGUUCUCUAUUCACCCGCUGACAACCGAAGACAUCCAAAUGGAAGAAACGCGCGAAAAGAUUGAGCUUUUCCGGCACUAUUACUUUGUCUGUUUCCGUUCGUUCGAUCAAGAUCCCUACAGCCCAACACAUCUGGAGCCGCUCAACAUGUACAUUAUUGUGUUCCGCGAGGGCACACUGUCUUUCCACUUCCGGCCUACACCUCAUCCGCAGAAUGUCCGACGCCGAAUCAAGCAACUCCGAGACUACAUCAGCGUCACUUCCGACUGGAUUUCGUAUGCACUUAUCGACGACAUUACCGAUGCAUUUGGGCCUCUGAUUCAAGGCAUCGAGUAUGAGGUCGACAGCAUUGACGAGUUGGUGUUGAUUCUAAGGGAGGCGGAGACGGGUGAUAUGUUGAGAAGGAUCGGGACAUGCAGGAAGAAAGUCAUGGGGUUGUUGCGACUGAUGGGCAACAAGGCAGAUGUCGUCAAAGGUCUGGCAAAACGCUGCAAUGAGCACUGGAGAGUUGCGCCGACUUCGGAUAUUGGUCUUUAUCUUUCCGAUAUCCAAGACCAUCUCAUCACUAUGACUCAGAAUCUCAACCACUACGAAAAGAUUCUCUCGCGCUCGCAUUCGAACUACCUGGCGCAAAUUUCGAUUGAGAUGACCGAGGCGAACAAUCAAAUCAACGAUGUUCUGUCGAAACUGACGGCGUUGGGUACGGUGCUCAUCCCUAUGAACCUCGUAACGGGUUUGUGGGGUAUGAACGUCCAUGUCCCUGGACAAGAUGUACCCGGAUAUGCCUGGUUCCUGUCCAUCAUUGCAGGCCUGGUCGCUUUUGCUGUUAUUGGAGCAUACUCCACCUAUAGAUUCAUGGUCCGCAGACGCUAG